AUGUCUGGUGAUAACCCGUUUGGCGAGACGUCGCCUUUGCUUGAAGGCGGGCAAAUUGUUGCAAAUGCGGAAGUUCCGAAUCACACAGUUGAUAAGAGUGAAGAUCAAGAAGAAGGGCGGGUAAACAGAGUCUUUCUAGCAGUCGCAAUGAUAGGUAGCUACCUCGCGAUGGCCGAUGGUUCAUUUGUGACGGCGACAAACGAGGAGAUCGGCAAAGUCUUCCAAAGAUCGGAUUUAGGACCUUGGCUUCUUUCAAGCUACAACUUUGGGUACUCCAUAGCACUUCCAGUGUAUGCACACCUAUGCGCAGCAUAUGGACACAAGCCUGUUCUCGUCAUCGCUUUCGUGAUUUUUGCCUUCGGCACGCUCGUCACGGGCAUGUCAUUGUCAAUGCCAAUGUUGAUGAUAGCCAGAUUCUUUACAGGCAUUGGUGGCUCUGGGCUGGUCGAUGUUAUCUCAAUUUUGCUAAAUGAUCUUGUUUCUCCGUCCAAAGUUGCUGUAUUACGAAGCUACCUUUCAGUUGCCUCUAUGUUGGGCAUAAGCUCUGGUGGUCCCAUCGGAGGACUACUAACUCAGACUGUUGGCUGGCGAUGGUCAUUUAUAGGGCAGUUUCCUCUUAUUGUUGUCUGUCUGGUCGUUGCGCUCCGGCACUUUCCAGGAGCUUCCACAAACGUACCACGGCAAUAUUCAGGGAUUAUCUCUUAUUUGAAGCCCCUCCGCGGCCUCGAUUUUAUCGGCCUGUCUUUUCUAGGGAUCUCAAUUGGGACUUUGAUGGUGUUGCUACAAACCGUUCAACAAUACGGCCCGACGGCGCAUCCCAGAACGAUUACCUUUGGAAUCACUUUCGCUACUUCAGCCACUCUUUUCGUGGUCAAUGAGCUCUAUCUUUCAAAAACCCCGAUUAUCCCGACUUCUACUCUUAAAGAAAACGGGUCUUGGGCUAUAUGUCUGGGUCAGAUUCUAUUAUUCUUUGUCUUGUCUUCUCUCACCUCGAAUCUUUCAAUGUUUUAUGUUCGAUUGCGCGGAGCCAACGUCGGCUUAUCCGGCCUCGUGCUUUCGCCAUUUCCUCUGGGUAUUGCUCUUGGUUCAAUUAUAUAUGGCCGAUUGAUUCGCCGAACUAUGAGAUAUAAGAAACUGUCUAUCAUUGGGUUGGGAACAAUAAUUGCCUCUUUCGCAGUGCUCGCCCUUAUCUGGCGCUCAAGCGCUAGCUAUCUUAGUUUGAUCCCAGUGUUUCUUAUAGGAACCGGAAUGGCGGGCCUAUUUACCACCCAAUUUAUAGCUUUAUCGGCACGGAGUCAAGGAGGAAAUGCCCGAACAACGAUUACUGCCUAUUACCUCGCCCAACAGCUCGGAUCGAUUAUUGGUGUGACAACCUCGGCAACGAUAGUGCGGACUCUAUUUGCCAAUGACCUUCGGCGGAGCUUGCAUGGGGUAUUCCAGAUCGAUGAGGUGAGGAUCAUCGGGACCUCGGAAGCCAUGGUGUUUAGUGUUCUGACCCUUUGCUACAGCUUAUUCAAAGAAUCCUCAACGACAAUCGCUUCGCGGAGUUAUUACCUGAAACGAUUCAAUCGCAUGUUCGACAAAGCUUCCAAUACGGCUUCCAAGCUAUAG